UGUGUUAAUCACCCUCUUCCUCAUAAUGAUACAUCGGACAUUUGUCCGUAUAAGGAACUGAACUGAGACUAUCUACCAUCACCUGAAGUUGAAACCAACCAACAUCCUAUUUAGACGCAGAUGUGAACUGUCUGAUGCCCCGUUUGUGACUGAUAGUAAAGAAGACCCUUUGACUGAGCAGGUUUGAUCUGUCAACACAUCCACAGAAAUUGUAAAUCAGAUGGUCAAAGAGUCAAAGAGGAAGGAAGUUUGAAGAUGGACCCCGACAGUCCCAUUGCCAGGGUCGAGAGGACCUUCUGGAACGUUUGGAACUACAUAACUGUAGCUGUGAACAGAUUCCUCAGACCAGUGCCCACUGACAUAGUCAGCAAUGAACCAAACUCACUCCAGGAAUCUGCAGUUGACAGUGAGCCUGCUAACUGUGGUCACACAGCGGGGGACACUUGCAGAGGGCAAGUUGAUGAGGAACAGGGUCUUGCAGCAGCCUCUCCGCUCAGCUCAUCUCGGCCAGUUGUUGCAUGGGAACUUUGCACCACAGAAAUCAACUUAGGGCAUGAUGAAGAAAGCAGUCAGGACAAGACCCAGCUGAGUAGAGGCAGUGAGAGCAAAGCAUCUGAGGAAGGUGAUGGCCUGAGAGAGGAACAGUUUACCCAAUCAGGAAAUGAUGGUACAGGUUUGCUCAGCGCUGAAAACACAGCAACAAAAGAAGACGAACAAGAAGAUAGUAGAGGCAGUGAGAGGAAAUCAUCAGAGGAGGAUGAUGACAUGACAGAGGAACAGUUUACCCAAUCAGGAAAUGACAAUGCAGGACUGCUCAUCGCUAAAGGCGCAGGACCAAAAGAAGACGAACAAGAAGAGAAUAAGGGUUGGAAAUUGGACAUUCCAGAGCGAGACACAUUUGAGGGACAUGCGAACACUGUGUCACUGAACGCUGCAGAUGAUGCAAUGAGUGAAGACAUCCAGGAAAGUGGAAGAAAAGAAAGUGAUGAAGAGGAAUCUGGCAGGGCAAUGACACAGGAAGAUCCACAAAAAAUGGAUGAAACUGUGACAAAUAUCCAAAUACAGGGAGAACACAGUGAAAUGCAGUGUGAGGUCGAGCAUGAUUACGAAUACUCACAUACUGUUUGCAGCGUGGAGGCAGAAGAAACUGAGGUAAAAUUGUGCACACUCACAGAUUUGAGUUUCAAAGAGGAUGCCACAUGUGUGGAGGCGGAGACGGCAGUGACACCUGAAGAAGUAGAAAACAGUGACGGUGUGUUACAGUUGGCCUCUGGAAAUGAAAACAACAGACAAGCCGAAAAUCUGCUCUCUGUCUGUGAAGAGUUGUCAGAUGUUGACAGAGAUGUGGAGGGGGGCCCAAACAUGGUCUCAUCAGACACCACACUAAUGGCUUAUGACAAGAGUGUAAUUUUGUCAGAUGAUGAGCAAAUAGUUGAAGGACAAGAGCAGGUGAUGCUUGAAAGAACUGAAAGAAUUAUGUACGAUAUAGCUGAGGAUGAGAAAGAAGAGGAGGAUGAGAGCGCAGUGGAGGAUGAGGAGCAUGGUGUUGUUAUCAAGGAAGAAAAUGUCAAUGAGUUGGCUGGGACAAUCAACAACAAGACAUCAGAUGAAGUCCCAGAGCAGGAAAACGACAUAGAGACAGUUACAGAAGACAAUCAAGAAGAAGACAUUACAACUGAAUGUGUUGCAUGUAGUGAAGACUUCACACAGACGGCUACAACAGAGCUGUACAAAGCUGAAUUCACAGAUGGAAAACAAGAGCAUGUGGCCGAGGACACAGAAGUGCAAACAAAAACAAGAGAGACAGAUGAUGUUGAAAUUAAAAGCCACGGUGCAGUGAAUGAUGAAAAAUCUGAUGUGAACAAAGCUGAAGCAGAACAGGAGAGGUUUUCCAAUGAAGAUGACAACAAUGAAGGUUGCAUGGAAAUAGCUUGUGCAACCGCCGCAGUUACAGUAAAACCUGAUGGUGAGGCCGGACAGGAAAUAAGCGGAGGGUUUAAAAAUAUUCCCCCGGGUAUAUUUGAAAGCGGUGUGGAGGCAGAAAAAACUGAGGUAAAAUUGUGCACACUCACAGAUUUGAGUCUCAAAGAGGAUGCAACAGGCGUGGGGGCGGGGACAGCAGUGACACCUGACGAAGCAGAAAACAGUGAUGGUGUGUUACAGUUAACCUCUGAAAAUGAAAACAACAGACAAGCCGAAAAUCUGCUCUCUGUCUGUGAAGAGUUGUCAGAUGUUGACAGAGAUUUGGAGUGGGGCCCAAGCAUGGUCUCAUCAGACAUCACACUAAUGGCUUAUGACAAGAGUGUAAUUUUGUCGGAUGAUGAGCAAAUAGUUGAAGGACAAAAGCAAGUGAUGCUUGAAAGAACUGAAAGAAUUAUGUACGAUAUAGCUGAGGAUGAGAAAGAAGAGGAGGAUGAGAGCGCAGUGGAGGAUGAGGAGCAUGGUGUUGUUAUCAAGGAAGAAAAUGUCAAUGAGUUGGCUGGGACAAUCAACAACAAGACAUCAGAUGAAGUCCCAGAGCAGGAAAACGACAUAGAGACAGUUACAGAAGACAAUCAAGAAGAAGACAUUACAACUGAAUGUGUUGCAUGUAGUGAAGACUUCACACAGAAUGCUACAACAGAGCUGUACAAAGCUGAAUUCACAGAUGGAGAACAAGAGCAUGUGGCCGAGGACACUGAAGUGCAAACAAAAUCAAGAGAGACAGAUGAUGUUGAAAUUAAAAGCCACGGUGCAGUGAAUGAUGAAAAAUCUGAUGGGAACAAAGCUGAAGCAGAACAGGAGAGGCUUUCCAAUGAAGAUGACAACAAUGAAGGUUGCAUGGAAAUAGCUUGUGCAACCGCUGCAGUUACAGUAAAACCUGAUGGUGAGGCCGGACAGGAAAUAAGCGGAGAGUUUAAAAAUAUUCCCCCAGGUAUAUUUGAAAGCGGUGUGGAGGCAGAAAAAACUGAGGUAAAAUUGUGCACACUCACAGAUUUGAGUCUCAAAGAGGAUGCAACAGGCGUGGGGGUGGGGACUGCAGUGACACCUGACGAAGUAGAAAACAGUGAUGGUGUGUUACAGUUGGCCUCUGAAAAUGAAAACAACAGACAAGCCGAAAAUCUGCUCUCUGUCUGUGAAGAGUUGUCAGAUGUUGACAGAGAUUUGGAGUGGGGCCCAAGCAUGGUCUCAUCAGACACCACACUAAUGGCUUAUGACAAGAGUGUAAUUUUGUCAGAUGAUGAGCAAAUAGUUGAAGGACAAGAUCAGGUGAUGCUUGAAAGAACUGAAAGAAUUAUGUACGAUAUAGCUGAGGAUGAGAAAGAAGAGGAUGAAAGUGCAGUGGAGGAUGAGGAGCAUGGUGUUGUUAUCAUGGAAGAAAAUAUCAAUGAGUUGGCUGGGACAACCAACAACAAGACAUCAGAUGAUGUCCCAGAGCAGGAAAACGACAUAGAGACAGUUACAGAAGACAAUCAAGAAGAAGACAUUACAACUGAAUGUGUUGCAUGUAGUGAAGACUUCACACAGACGGCUACAACAGAGCUGUACAAAGGUGAAUUCACAGAUGGAGAACAAGAGCAUGUGGCUGAGGACACUGAAGUACAAACAAAAACAAGAGAGACAGAUGAUGUUGAAAUUAAAAGCCACGGUGCAGUGAAUGAUGAAAAAUCUGAUGUGAACAAAGCUGAAGCAGAACAGGAGAGGCCUUUAAAUGAAUAUGACAACAAUGAAGGUUGCUUGGAAAUAGCUUGUGCAACCGCUGCAGUUACAGUAAAACCUGAUGGCGAGGUCGGACAGGAAAUAAGUGGAGAGUUUAAAAAUAUUCCCCCGGGUAUAUUUGAAGGCCAGACUGUUGUGUCGCAGCAGCUGAAUUCUACAACAUGCGAGGAAGCCCAAGAGGGAGUUCCUGAGUACAACAAUGAGCCUGGGCCAUAUGAAAACACAACACAAAGGAUCCUGGAAGGAGGAGAUGACGAAGUAAUCCAGACCACCCAAUUACCAGAAGAGGUGGAGUGUGAGGAGCCAAAGAGCCUUCAAAACAGUGGCAGCAGCAGUGACUAUUUAUUGUUGAAAGAGCGUAUGGAGGAGGAACAAGACUCAAGACUUACAACAGAAGACAGUAGCUUUGAUGAGGAUGCCAGGAUAUUGAGUAUUACUGAUGCAAAAGAAUUAGAGAAACCACUUGCUGAACCAGUAAUUCAAGAAUCCGGACACUUACCCGUGCAAAAGGAAGGACAAUUAUUGGACAGCUCAAUGAAGACGGGGAUCUCAGAAAAGGAAUUUGAGACACACAUUGGCUCCGCAAACAAUAACACAACAAAAGAGCUACAAGAUGGGACUGAAGAGUUUUUUGUUGAAUUUGAAGUAGAUGAAGGUUUGUGGGACUCCAGAGAAGCUGAUGCUGCUGGAGGGGGUCAUGAGGCCACAGGAGCAGCUGAGGAGGUGGCCAGAUUUGCUGAUGAAACUUUAAAACUCCUUGAUGGUGAAGCACAAAAGAUAGGGUUCUACGAAGAAUCUGAAAAUGCCAUAAACUCCAACGUCAGGACGUUCAGUUUAAUGGGAGAUGUUGCUGAACCCGGAUUCCUGAAACAGCCAUUUGAGACAGAGCCUAAAUUACUUGAAGAUCAUACUGCGGAAACGCAAGAUGCAUGGACAGGUAUGGAAGAAACAAGCUACGGGUUUGAAGAAAAAGUUGCAGAAGAUGAGAUGCAGAGCAAAAAUGAUACAGAAAUAUUAAAUUGUCAGGUGGUGGAACUGGCAACUGAGCUAACCACAGACACAGAUAAAAAGGAAAGUGCUUUGAUUGCAGGAUUGGAAUCAUCUACACAUAUAAAAGCUGACGCACAUGUUAAGACAUUGGAUACACAAGUUCAACUAUCAGAAGAAGCACUGGAGGAAAUAUUAACAGACACAGAAACAGUUGAAGAGUCAAUGAGAACUGAGUUACAACCAAAACAUUCGACUGAGAUGUCACCAGAAGACAUAACAAAGCAGGAAUCAGAUGGGAAUUACACUGAAGAGACAGGAAGCCCAGUCAGGGGACGUCGAGAUGUGAUCGAAGAAGAAAUCCUUGACCUGUGGAUACAGGCUGCAUUGUCAGAUGAAACUGUUGACACAAAACAACAGGAACAAAAAAUGGACACUGAAAUGGAGCCACCAAAUGAGGAACAAGAUGAAAUUCACUCAGAGAAGGAGCACCUGGUGGAAUCAAAUUCACCAGAAUCUGGGUUAGUGAGUGACUCAGAAAUAUCUUCAUCAACAGCAGAGUCAGGAAUUUUGGACCAAUCUUUUGGUGAAUGGGGAACACAAAAUAGUGAAACUUGGCUGCUUAAGUCAGCUAGCACAGAGUCAUUUCAAGGCAUAGAUCACAUCUUUGCUAGUAUGCCAGCAUCAACAGACAUCUCUGAACUAUCUAUAAAACAACAGGCGUUUGAACCUCAAGAUUUGUUGAUAGAAGUAACAGCUGAGGCAGGGCAAUCAUAUCUAAAAGACGAGGAAUUGAUCACUGUGACAGAUCAGGAAUCAGAUAAAUUGCAAGAAAAAACAGAAGAAGAAAGAGCUGAAUCAGUGGAGGUGGGAGCCGCAUCACAAAAAUAUGCAAAUGUGAUGCCAAAAACAACUUCUCCUUUGGCAGUAGACCACACAAACGUUGAAGAUGAGCCUCUUGAGAUAAGCGUGUCAGACUCUCUCAAUGACAUCAUUUCAGGACAAUCUAGAAGUGGCUCAGAGGAUUCGUUAGAGGAUGGAAUCGUGUUGACAGAUUCUGGUUUACAAGGUGAAACCUGUUUUGAAAUGAAGCUGCCCUCACUGGACGAACCACAGGUCCUGUGGUCAGAAGACAUCACUGAGCCGUCAUCUGGACUGAUCGGGGCUGAGGUGGCACAACAGCCAUGGACAAAGUCUGAGGGUCAGAUGGAGGUAAAUGCCCCUGUGUUGGACUUUACUGCUCAAAGGUCAAGGAUUGCUGUGAAAAACCGUUAUGUGAGACCGCCAAAAGAUCCCCGCUCCCUUUUAAAUAUGCCCUCAGUGGAUCCUACGCCAUCUACACGUCUACCAGUCAAAGUGCCUGCAGGUGUGCCUUUGGGAGGCAGGGGCAUUGGAAUAAAACUGCCUGGGCUUGGCGCUGGUUUUCCUGUGUUAAAAAAGACACAAAGGGUUGUGAGAGAUGAAAAUAACCCUGCAACCUCAUCACAGGAAUCUGAGAAAAAGCCAGAGGAGAAAGAUGACACUCCCAAACAAGAUGAAGUGCAACAAAAACCUAAAUGGAUGCCACCAAGACACCCAGGAUUUGGAAAUCCACUCAUGUCUGAGCUCAAGACCAAGCUAAAAAAACCCACAAAAGACUGAGAAGAAGUUGAAUUGUAAUUCUUUGUGUAAAUAUCUGAAUGUAUUAUUAUAAUGCUUUCUCUUUGGUGUAUUUAUCAAACUGAAUAUAGUGAUUAAAUGUUUAUCAUUUCAA